AUGGAAUCUAUUGGAAUUAUUGAGGAAUCAAAACGGAAUAUUGUAUCUGAAGUAAUAAAGUUUGUUGAAACACCAUUAUUAAAGCAUAAAAAGUGUGGUACAGAAAAGAAUCAGUUGUCAUAUUGCGAGGAAAACAUCCUACUAACUUUGCUUUGUCUUUAAGCAUGUGUUCUAUGCAGAGCUUACCUGCAAAAACAACAAUGGAAAAAAUGUAUUUGAUGAACAAUACAUUGAACGAACAAAAAAACAUGCAGGGUGUAAAGAAAGAAAACAUGUUCGACAGUGUUCGUAAUGUUUUGAAUGCACUUUGGGGACAAUUAUCUGCUUCAUUCACGGGAGGAAAUUAUCCAUUCUCUGUAACAGUUGUAAAUAAUAGUAUUUCACAUGAUUUUUUUAAAAAUUUGACAAGUAAAAGAGAAUUAUUAAGUGCAGACAAUGUGUACAUUCACAAUGGUGAAAUCAAAGAAUCUUUAAGUAUUGAGAAUAUUCAUACUAAUAUAUCUAGUGAAAAGAAACUUUGCGUAAAUAAAAUUUUUGAAAAUACAAAAGAUAAUUUAAAAUUUAGUUAUGAAUACAUUGACAGCAAGAACAAAAAUCCAGAGAAAUCUGAUGAAAAGAAAUUAGAUAUUAACAAAGAUGUUAAAUAUAACACAACUUAUUGUAAUUAUUUAACGUCAGUUCAAAAUUCUAGUAUGACAAAUGAGGAAGAAUUUGAAUACAUUUAUUCUGAUACAAACACAAAGGAAAUGGAUGUUCAGGAAAAUUGUUAUAUUUUUGAAGAAACAUAUAGUAAGGAUAUAUCUAAUACAGAACAGCUUUUUAAUUGUAAUAACAGUAUGGGUGAUAAGAUUGUAAAUAUGAAAAAUUCUCUUUUAACACAUAGUACGAAUACAUUAAGUACAGAGACAAUUCAACAGUCUACAUUUCCAAAUUUGUUCACAAAUAUGUUUCAAAACGUUAUUGAUGGCGUGACAGAUAAAUUUUUUAAAACAGAUUUUAAUAAAUCAGAUAUGCCAGCAAAAGUAUCAUUUUCGUCGAAGCAACGAAGAAAACUUACUACAGUGGCAAAAGGUCGAGGGCGGGGGCGAGCGAAAUCGCAGCUUAGACGUUCUGGAGUCAGUCAAACAAGACACAGGAAGGAACGGAUUAAACAUGACAUUACAGUAGACAUAGAAAGCGAUUUUAAAAGCUGGCAAGAAUUUGAAGAGUAUGAUACAACAGAAAAUAAAGAAUCAGAAGAUUUAUGUUUAGGUGAGGAUGUAGUAGAUGCUGUACAGUAUAGUAUAGAAGAGAGAAUGAGUCCUGUAACAUAUACGUUUGCCGAUGUAGAAUCCAAAAUUCAGAAACCGAAAAUAUGCAGAAACGUUAAUUAUGACAUAUCUAAAUUUUCUGCAAAAAUGUCUGAAUGUCCAAAACAAACAGAUACCUCUAAUUACGAUUUUGUUGAGAACAGAUACAAUUCGCAGAACACAUUUCGACCACGUUUAAUAUCAGAAAGUUCCAUUGAUUCAGAAGAUAGUUAUUGCAUAGUGUUUGAGACUGAUUCUGAAGUAACUUUCAAAAGUGAUGUUGAAGAUAGCGAAGAGUUCGAUAUAAAUGAAAUAAGCGAAGAGAGCGAUAUAAAUGAAAUGAGCGAAGAUGAAAUAACGUAUAAAGACAAAAAGUCAAUAGCUCCGAUUCGAGAAGUAAAAUUCAAUUUGAAUCCAGUGGUUCAUCUAAUGAUUCAAUGGGACUAUGCAUAUCGUGCAGCUCGAAAAGGUCCAUGGGAAGAAAUAGCUAGAGACAGAGAACGAUUUAAAGGUCGAAUAAAUUGUAUAGAACGUGUUCUUAAUCCAAUAUUAACAGUUCAGCACAGAAUUCACAUUUGGCAAGAACGAUUUGCACUUACUGAAUAAAAUUCAUAUUCACUGUUCUUUUAAGGUAAUUGUAUCAUUCAAAAUUGAUUUUAUACAGUAUAGAAGAAGAGAUGAUGUAUCGAGAAAAAAAGAAUAUGUAUAAUAAAUGUUUUAGAAUGACAAAAUAGGCUGUGAAUAAAUAAUAUAGGAUAUCUAUCUUCAGACAAUAUAAUUCAUUACUAAUGGACAUAAAUUGUUUAUUCUUUAAUGAUUUGCACUGAUUGGAGUACCUAUUUCCUUUAGAAGUUUAUAAAUUCAUAAGCUGUAAAUUCUUUUUUUUAGCUAGUCUACCUAAGUCUAGCAUUUGUCGAUAUGUAAGCAUGUCAGCAAAUGUUAGACUUUACGAAGUUUUUUUUAUUAAACAUAGAAAUAUUACAUUGGAUCUAAUUUAAUUUGAGAAGAAAACUUAAAUUACACAAGUAUUUUUUUAUUAAUAUUCCUAUCUAGAAAUAUGAAAGUAGAGCAUAGAGAAACAUAUUAUAUCUAUAUAUGCAUAAAUAACAAAUAUAUGUAUAUUUUUAGUUAAAUUAUUUCAUCUUAUUUAUCUAAGCUAUAUAGUAUAAACACUAGUCAUUAAAUAUAUAAAUUAUGAAUCAUUUUCAUCAUAUAAAAGAAAAAUGAAUUAUUGGAAAAUACUAAUUAUUCAUGUGCUUUUUUUAAAAUGUACAUUAUCUCUUCAUCUGUAUAAUUAUUUUGUAAUAAAAUCGAAUCUUCUUCAUCAAUCGAAUCAUCGCAUUUUCAACAAUGUAAUUAUAAAAUAUGUACAUUUUUUAAAUAUGAGAUUAAAUCAGAUGUUAUAGAAAUCAGAAAUUAUAUAUCCGUGACAAUUUGCUAUAUAUAUAAUACAUAUUUAAUUCUGCAUGAUAUAAUUAAAUUCUUUUCAAGUGGACAUAAAAUAUUAAACAUAAAUAUAAAAAAAUUCUUAGUAAUUAUUAUUUUUUAAUAGCUUAAAUAUAUAAAAAUUAAUAAAUGUAAAUAAAAAAUGUCCACUUAAUUUUGUUUUCAAGCAUGCAAUUGACGCACAUUUGCCUUAUUUAUUAAUAUUAGAAAGAUUUCUUAUCACAAUUUUAUUUAAGAAUUCAAAUACUUGUUACGGAUAAUUAUUAACUAUUAAAUAGUUGUAUUACAAAUAUUGAAAUUAGAAGAAAGUAUUGGAGAAAUAAAGUCAUAACAAGUUAGAAAUUGAAAUUCACAGCAAAAUUUAUUAUUAUGAUACAAAACAAAUCCUAUUUUGGUAAUCAUUAUUUAGUAUCAUAUGUAUUUAUAUUUAAAGGAAAUGUUAUGAUUUUAUUUUUAGUUUCAAUUAUAAUAUAUGUAUAGAAGAUAUUAAAGAAAAAUUUUAAUAUAUAAAUAUUCAAUUUAUGUUUAAAUAUAUGUUUGAAUAAAUAAGACAUGUUUUGUUUACUAUUAUUAUAGUGAAAUGAACGUAAGUUCAUAAUAUUUAAUAUUUUUGAAGAAUAGUUAGUUUAUAAAUCUAAUUUUUGUGAAGUGCAGUGAUACAGAGAAAAUUGACCUUGCUGAACUUGCCAUGUACAAUGCAUAUUUAUUAAAAUUAGUCAGCAGUUAUUCUGCAUGUACAUAACAAAAAUCAAUGAUAUAUGUAGCGUUCUAUUAAUUAAAAUUAAAUUGCACUUAUGUAAUAAUUUUUUUCCACUAGUAAUUUAGAAAUUAUUUUAAUUAUUAAUAUAUGUAACGAAAAGGAAGAUUUUCACGUACAUAGACAUUUGUAUGUAACUUUUAACUAAGGGAAAUUAGAAUACUAUUUUUACUUUGAAAAUCAGAUAGCAUUACGUAUGUAUAUAUAUUCAAUUGAAUAAACACAUUAAUCUCUUUUAUAAUGAUUUCUGAAGUGUUUAGCCUGAAGAAAUUUUCAACACUCGUUUAGUAAAAGUAACUUUCACUGGAUACAUGAUACCCAUUAACAGAAGCAAGUCUUGCACUAACAUUUCACAAUUCCAAUUAACACAAUUUUCUACCAAUCAUCACUAAAGAAGACUAGAUCUUACUAAAAUUAAAUCUAAUUCAUAUUAUAACAAAACAACAAACGAA